AGUUAGGGUUAGGGUUAGGGUUUGGGUUGGGGUUGCGGGGAGGAGGAAGCGGCAACAAUGGCGAACCGGACGGACCCAGCGGCGAAGAGCAUCCAUGGAACGAACCCUCAGAAUCUCGUGGAGAAGAUCCUGCGCUCCAAGAUUUACCAGAACACAUACUGGAAGGAGCAGUGCUUCGGCCUCACGGCGGAGACUCUCGUCGACAAGGCGAUGGAGCUCGACCACCUCGGGGGCACGUACGGUGGCAGCCGCAAGCCCACCCCCUUCAUGUGCCUCAUAUUGAAGAUGCUCCAGAUCCAGCCCGACAAGGAGAUAGUCGUUGAGUUCAUUAAGAACGACGAGUACAAGUACGUUCGGGUUCUUGGGGCGUUCUACAUGCGGCUCACGGGGUCGGUGACGGAUGUGUAUCGAUAUUUGGAGCCACUCUAUAACGACUAUCGGAAACUUAGGCUGAAGUUAUCUGAAGGAAAGUUUUGCCUGACUCAUGUGGACGAAGUCAUCGAUGAGCUCCUUACAAAGGAUUAUUCAUGUGACAUUGCACUACCUCGUGUCCAAAAACGAUGGACCCUUGAAGCUUGUGGGUUGCUAGAACCAAGAAGAAGUGCUUUAGAAGAUGAUUUCGAAGAGGAGGAAGAGAAAGAAGAGGAGGAGCAAGCUAUGGACUCUGUAGAGGAUGAUACUCAUGAAAAGAAUUAUUAUCGUGGACGGAGUCCUAUAAGGGAAAGGGACAGGGAUAGAAGACGGGACAGGCAGUAUAGGGAUAGGGACUAUGAACGGGACUAUGGUAGAGGACGUGAAAGAGAUCGAGAUAGAGAUCGUGACAGAGAUAGAGAAAGGGACAGGGACAAGGAUAGGGAUAGGGAUAGGGAUAGGGAGAGAGACCGACAUCGGCUUAGAGAUGACAGGGACUAUGGUCGUGAAAGGGAGAGAGAAAGGGACAGGGAAGGACGAGAGCGGGAAAGAAGAGACAGGGAACGAGGAAGGCGAAGGAGCCGUUCAAGGAGCAGGAGCAGGGACCGCCGAGACAGGGAUCAUGAAGAUGGAGAUCAUCGCAAGAGGCGAACUCGUGGCAGUGUUAGCCCACGGAGGCGGCCAGAGGAUGAUGGCAGCACCAGAGAUGAGCCCAAGAAGAAAAAGGAAAAGAAAGAGAAGAAGAGCGACGGUACUGAUCACCCAGAUCCUGAAAUCGCUGAGGCCAAUAGGUUACGAGCUUCCCUUGGGCUGAAACCGUUGAAAUGAUUCCUCCUUUUACAACUUCAUAUGAUGUUUGAGAUAUCGACUCCCUUCUCUUUUGGUAAAAUGAAGAACAUAACAAGAUAGCUGGUGUGUAGCUUUAUGGGGGCAACCUAGCCUCCUCUUACUACAUGAUUUGUUCUGCAUGUAUUUCCUUAAGCAUUGAAAAUAUGUUGUACUAAAAUCCUUCCUUUUGCUCUUUA